UCUUUUAUUUUGUAUGGCACUUCCUGCUGUAACGUCUUCAGCUUAUUCAAAAUGCUGCUGCCCGUCUCUUCACUAUCACACACAGCAUCUUCUCAUCGUCGGCUUCCUGUUUAUCACAGAAGUCCUAACGUUGGCUUAUGAACGGUCCUGCUCCUCCAUACCUCUCUGAUGUUCUUCAGCCUUGUAUUCCCUCGCCGGCCCUUAGAUCAGCUGACCAGCUGCUUUUGGUUGUCCCGAAAACUAGGCUGGAGCUUGGAGGAGAACUUUUUCAACUGUGUCUCCCAAACUUUGGAAUACGUUGCCUUUAAAUAUGAGACAGGCAUCUUCGCUUCCUGUUUUUAAGUCUCUUUUUCCGUUUGGAGCGGUGUGAGCUGAUGUGCUCUUUGUUUUGUUUUUGUGCAGCAUUUUGUGUUUUUAAAUGUGCUCUUUAACUGAAAGCAGGCCUGUGAUUACAGGACAUUGAAAUCCCAGAAUGCACUGCAGCUCAGGUCCCGUUUCCGUGACAACACUGCCCACGCAGUCCAAAGGUCGCCUUGUUCGAGGGGAAAAAGUGACAGGUGAGCCUGGUCACGUGACCAUCGUUGUGACUGCACCCACAACCCGAUAGGCUGGGGCCAGACAGUGAUGUUAUCUGAUAGGCUGUAACCGCGCAGACGGUUGAAAAGGAGAAGGAGAGAAGAAGAGGAAGGCAGAAGUCAAAGAGGAGAAACGGAGGAGCAGGACGAGAGGAGACGAGAGAGGAGGAGGUGAUGGAGCGCAGCGUGAUCCGUCUGACUCACUGUCAGAAGGAGAUCUUCUGCUUCUCUGUGCCGGAGCAGUGCCCGAGCUGCGGGGAGGAGCUGAGGGGGAGCAGACUGCAGGAGGCGCCGGUCAGCCUCCCCUCCCCCUUCACCAAUGGGCACAAGACCUCCUGCUGCCUGCUGGUCACACCUGCACACGACAACCUGGACAGAGACUUUGAUGGGGCGGCUGAUCUUCACACCGGCAUCUCCAACACCAAAGGUGUUGUGUAUAACUACACUCGUGGCGGCGUCCGCAGGGAUCAGAGCGGCUGGGAGCGCAGCAUCAGCGUCCCUCUGGUCCGACCCGACAUGUUCCACCUGCUCGCUCAGUGGGACCAGUACCUGGAGCGCUUCUCUGACGGGCCUAUGUGGGACCCUGCCUGGCACAGGUUUGAUGAAAACAACCACAACUGCUUCAGCUUCUGCUUGCACUUUGUGAACGGCGUUCUGGCAGCCGAGGGCCGCGGCGCUCUGAGCAGAGACGACUUCACCCACACCUUCAUCCUGCCGAGGAUGAGGAGGGUGUCCAAAUACACCACGCUGUACCGGCACAUCCAGAAACACCAGUUCUACAAGGUGGACCGACAGCAGCACGCUCAGGGGGCGGAGCCCAGCAGCUGAGCAGCUGUCAUUGGUCACAUGUGACGCUUCAGUGUCAGACCUGAUGUGCAAUGAACUGACCUUCACACACGCACACACACAGACACACAGCUUUGGUUCGUGUCUGUGUGUGUGAGGAUUUGAACCUGGGGCUGCUCGUCCUCCACCUGAUCUUCUUUAGCUCGUUAGUUGUGUGAAUUUUGACCUUUUGUUGUCCCUGAGCCACACCGAGGGUCUCAGAGGAAAUUACAUCUUUUAUUUUAUUCUGAAAUAAAGUUUCUUAAAUCACACUUCCUGCAGCUCUCUGGCGUGGAGCUGCAGGUUUUCACCCUCAGGGGGCAGAAUGUGGCGGGAUGGUCAUCACCAUGACCGUGAAAGUACGACCAUGCAGCAUUUAAAGCGUGGAAGUACUCACAUUACUUUGAGUUUUAGUUCAUAAAAAGUGAUAAAAACAUUAGCGUCCACUGUUCACUCUGCGUGGGAAGAAAACUUCUUACAGCGAAACAUUAAACUUCAGAUCUCAGCGAGCAGCGAGCACGCUGCCACGGGAACGUGACAUUCACAGAGAAACCCCCGGAUCCUCCCACUGACAUGACCGCUGUGGGCAAACCUCCACCCGCCCCACUCCUGCUAAACUGGUGACAAUAAAUUUAAGAGCAACACGACUCAGUGCUGCUGAAUCUGUGAUUUUAUUUCUUUUCUGAUGUGUUUUACUUUCAUCUGUUGGAAAGAUAUACACAAAGCACGAUUUUAUUUUAUAUGCUGCAGGUUAUAGGUUUAAA